CGGAUUUCAAACGGUGCUGAAUACCAAAACAACAGCUACAGACCGAGUACGGAAGACAUCAACAAUAAUCUGGGAAAAUGCUUUAGUAAAAGAUGUCAGACAGCAGCAUUGUACGAGAUGGAGCCCUGGUGGGGGAUGGUUACAGUGCAUUUGAGCACUCUGCCCUUGACCAGAGUGUGUUCUAUCCAGCAGACAUGUCAGGUCUACCAACUUCGACACCAAAUCCCGCGAAUCUGAGACGAAAAAGCCGGCGAUCUUGGUUUGAAACUACACCCAAGGGUUUCAAGUUUGACAUAGCAGUUGAAAAGCCAGUAGUUUCAAAGAAACCAAGUAGAAAAAGUGAUACUAUUGAGGUUCUGACUCUUACGCAUUUUUCUGGUGCACCUAGGCUAGGUUUUGGCACGCUGAAAGUUGGUCAGGAAAAGACUUGUACACUAUUGCUUAGAAACCCUCAUGACUACGAACAAUCAGUGAAGGUUGAAAAGGUUCCUGAAAAGAAAAAUUUCUUUGUAUCAUGUAAACAGUUUUCAGUAGGUGCAGGAGAGUCGUAUCCUCUGGAAAUAACCUGGUCCCCGAAGGAGGCGGGUGGAUGUAGAGAGAUGGUGAUGAUGCAGGUAGAUGGGGCAUACAGAGUCCAGGCUUAUGUAUUUGGAACAAGUACUGCCCCACCACCACAGAAAAAGAAAGGAAAACGUGUGGGAUUGCUUGCCUCUAAAGCCACUGGACCAUUCUCAGUAAUACACACAACCAGUCUGGCAAAUAUCAACCAGCAAUACAGUCCAGAAAAGCAUACAGGGAAGCAGUCUGCUAAACAGAUAGUAGACCAGAAAUUAUCUCAGCUGUCCAGGCAACCAGUGUCAAGAUCUGUGAAACCCGGGACUCAGUUUAAAGGUCUGGGGAAGCAUACACAGUUGAGAGUUCAGAAACAUUGUAAUGGGUUAACUGAAAAAGGCCGCAGAUCCAGUGAGGGCAGACGCAGAUCACCAAGACUGAGUGACAAGUACCAGUCUGUGUCUAAAGAAAGUUUGCCAACAACCAGACAGUCGGAAGAAAAUUUAGAAAAUAUCAUUCCAGAUACUUUGACAGGCCAAGAAAGAGUUGAUGAUAAAACAAAGAAAAGGAAAUCUUCAGAGAGAAAAACUUCAUUGCCUAAACCUAAGAUUGGAGAAAAUAUACCAAGAAAGAAGAUGAGGCGGUCAAAUACAUAUUCACAGGUGUCUGGGCUUGGACUGGUUGUUCCUAUAAUCCAGGGUGACAGCGUAAAGGGUCUGAAAGACACAAGUCUGUUGAACAUAGAAGACUGUGACAUUAGUGGUAUUAAAGUUCUGGAAGAUUCUGUUAAAGAAGUUGAAAAUGGUGAUGUUGAACCCAGUUUUCUUGAACCAAAAGAAGAGCCAUGUAUUGGUAGAACUUUGAAAGAUAAAACCCACAUGUUGGAACCAAGUUUUCUAGAUGAUGGGAAUACAAUGUUAAAAGAUCAUAAUGAUAGUAUAAAUUUAAGUUUAAUCAAAGACAAAACAACAAAGCUGAAGUCAAAAGCUAUUUCAGACACUCUUGAACCAAGUUUUCUUGAAUGCAAGGUAACACAUGUUACAAAAAGUUCUGUCUUUAAUGCUGUACAAAAUUGUGAAACGUUUCAUGACAGCCUUGAGGUAGAGAACCAGUCUGUUGAUGAUCCAAGUUUUCUUCAGUUAGAAAAUAAGAAACCAGACAGGCCCAGGAGAUCACUGAGAAAAAGAAGUGGAAUAAUAGAUGUAGAAAACAACGAUAAGCCAACUGGUGUGAAACUACUACGUGGUGCUAAGAGAAACAAUGCCAGAAAAAUAAUCAGUCCAGAAACAUUUAUAAAAGAUAAUUGUCCCAAAACUGAAAGCAGGUUUGAAAGUUUAGUUGAUGAACAUAAACCUUUAAAUGAUUCAGUAGGACAAAGUACUUUGCUGGAGCAGUUGAAAAGUCUGAAAUCUUUUGUACAUGACAGGAGUGUAGAGAUAGAGAAAAGUGGGAACGGGUCAAUAUGUGACAUAGAAGACCAUGAGUCUGUAAAGGAACUACAAAGUAGAGAAACUUUUAUCAAACUAAGAACCUCUCCAAGGUUUUCUGUGCCAGGAAAUGACAUUAACCUUAGGAGAGGAACAUUUGUUACUGAGUCUACUAAAUUAAAACUACUAGAAACACAGGAACCAUCAGAAGCAAGUCCAAGGAGGACAACAUUUACAGUCAUGAAAGCAUCAACCAAUUCAAGAAAGCCCAAAGAGAGCAAAAUGAAAGAUGGUGAUUUCGCUCUUACUGAGGAAGAAGAGCUAGAUAUAGAAACAGAACAAAAGACAAAUGAUAUUCAUAUUGCUGUUAAUGUAAAUGAACAGAUACUGAAUGAUGAUGUACAAAAGCAGUCAGGUAGACUAUUUUCAGCAGAUAGUCUGGAGGAUGAUUCAUUUGAAAAACAGACAAAAUCUCCGGAGAAGAUUUUUGUGGAACCGAAGGAAGAGUGGGCUCGAAGAGCAACUUUAACUGUUACAAAAUCUAGGCCCUCUGAUGCUCUUUUAGAACAUGCUCGAAAAUCAGCAGCUGCCAUGAAGUGUUUGAGUGAUUCAUCUGCAUUGAAGCCAGAGGAAGUCAUCCCUGAAGAUGAGGUUGAGACAGAUCGCUUGACAGAAACUGAAGAUAAGUUGUCUCAACAAAAAUCUUCAUCAAACAGUACCUUUGAAGUACCAUUGGAAAACAGUAUAGUGGUAGCCAAAGAUUCUAGUUUUCCCACAACACCAUACCAUUUACUGCCAACCAGUCCACAUCUGGACCAUUCAAGAAGGUCUACUCAUAUUGUAGAGAAACCAAAGGUAGUAAACUUAAGUAAAGUCAGUGGAAAACAGCUUUUUGCAAAACAAACUGAUAGCGAUUUGGAAAAUUAUGAUGGAAUUGAAGUAGAACAAAAAGGUGAAAGUGAUGAUGUGGUUGAAUUGAACAGUCAGGAUGGCAUUAACAGUAAACUGCAAGAACAAAAUGAAGUUGAAAAGAGAUAUUGUGUAGAUGAAGAAAUCAGGGUGGAAAAAUCUGAAACCUGUGAAAAUAAUACUGGCGGAAAUGAAGGACCAAGUUCAAAUUUAAGAAGAAGAAAGUUGUCUGUUAGAAGAUCAGUACCAGGUCCAGCACAGCAGUCAUCUGAGAAAUUAAAUGAGAGCCCAAAUGUUACUGGAGAGGAAAUGUGUAGAGAUAAUACCAAUGAAGGUAUUUCUGUUGAAAAGGGAAACAAAGACUUAAUAGAUGGUAAGAUGGAUGGAGACACACAAUCUGCAGCAACUGAGCAGUUAUUCUUUGUGCCUUUUGACAAUAAAUCUGAGUCCGAGGAAUCAGCAAAGCCUCGAACCAAGAGGCCAGAUCCUAAUCAGUUCUUGAAGAAACGAAGUAACCCCAUCACUCAAGAAGAUGAUAGACGUUCUAAACGACCUAAAAGUGAAAUGACUAUUAAGAAAAAAGAAGUUGUUGCACGGGGUGGCAGUAAGCUGGGACAAACAGUUAAUGUGACAAAGGUGAAGGAGUCGGUUGCACCACAAGGCAGAGUAACAAGACAAACAGUAAAGAGUGUUGUUAUAGGUACAGCAAGAAAUACCACUUCGCGUCAAGGACUGAAACCAACUGGUACAAUCAAGGGUCUAGCUACAUCAAAACUCAUACUGACAAAGAAAACCAAAUCAGCUAUACCUAAACAUCCACUACCAUUUGCUGCUAGGAAUAUGUUUUAUGAUGAGCGCUGGAUGGAGAAACAGGAACGUGGAUUUGUCAACUGGCUCAAUUUUAUACUGACACCACCAGAAGAACAUCAAGGCAGUGAUGUUAAAGUCAAAGUUGAUGCAGGGAAGCUGACACUAGAUAUUGAAAAAGGCAGGACUAGACUAGCACCCACCAAUGAGAUACUUUCUUUCCGCACAUAUUCCGCCCACAGAAAGCUGAACAGGCUGCGUAAGUCUGCAUGCCGGUUGUUCCAGUCGGAGUCGGUAAGACGGGUCAUCCAGAAAGUUGAGGAAGAGGUGGAGAAUAAACGGCUGUUGGUACGGAAAGACAAAAUGCUACAUGCAGAUGUUGGAGCUAAACAAAAAGUCCUAGAUAUGUUGCUGUCUUAUAACCCUCUAUGGUUGAGGAUGGGUCUUGAGACGAUCUAUGGAGAGGUGGUUCCGCUGCAGUGUAACACAGAUGUGUACGGUUUGUCACAGUUUAUAGUCGUUCGAGUCCUUGCCAGUCCUGAUAUAGCUGACGAGUAUGCACAUCCCACAGUCCCACACUUAUACAGAGAUGGUUAUGCAGAGGCGACAGCCCAGCAUACACUGAAAAGAUUCCUUAUGUUGGUGUAUUUCCUCGACCAGGCUAAACAGCACACACUCAUUGAUCACAACCCUUGUCUCUUCUGUAAGAACUCCGAUAUAAAGACCAGUAAGGACAUGUUGCUGCAGUUUUCUAGAGACUAUCUGUCUGGUGAGGGUGAUAUCACACGACAUCUUGGUUACCUUGGAUACAGGGUCACAUACUCGCAAACAGCACUUGAUGAGUUUGACUUUGCAGUGAAAAGCCUCGGGACAGACCUUAGGGAUGGACUUAGACUCGCUCGUGUGAUGGAGGUCAUCUGUGACAAAGCUGAGCUUAGAAAAAGUUUACGUGCACCAGCCAUAAGUCGGCUACAGAAAAUUCACAAUUUGGAGGUAGUGUUUAAAACACUUGAACAACAGAGUAUUGAUACAGGUAACGUUACAACCCGUGAUGUUGUUGAUGGACACAGGGAGAAAACGCUGUCAUUGUUGUGGACAAUCAUCCUACACUAUCAGGUUGCCAUGGUGAUAAAUGUAGAACAGAUCAAGGAGGAGGUACAGAUUCUUGAGAGGAGUUUGCGACUGAAGAAACAGUUACAUAAACUUAUAAACCUGCAAACUGAUGUCACAUCUCAGAGGAGAGAAUCUGAGGGUCCAGAUCUACAUACGCAAGAUGAGAGACUGAACUUACUAAUGAAAUGGUGUAGAGCUGUUUGUGCAUUUUAUGAUAUCAAGGUAGAGAACUUUACUGUGUCAUUCUCUGAUGGGAGAGCACUCUGCCAUAUUUUACACUACUACCACCCAGGAUUACUCCCCUUAUCCCACAUAAAGCAUGAAACAUCUAUGACCCACCUAGAGAGCAUGGAGAAGAACUGCCAGCAAAAUAUGAACUGUAGUUUAAACGACAGUGUCAACUCUUCUGCUGUCUUUGGAGAUGUGGCAGACCCAGCAGUGUAUGAACAAUUGCUAGCUAAUGAAAAAGAAAACUUCAAACUGCUUUCUGAAAAGGUGAAGGAGUUAGGUGGUAUUCCACUGAUGUUACGCUGGUCAGACAUGUCUAAUACUAUACCAGAUGAGAAAGUUGUGGUCACAUACCUGAUGUAUCUAUGUGCCAGAUUGCUGGAUAUCAGACAUGAGUCACGUGCUGCUAGAGUCAUACAGCACGCCUGGAGAGUACACAGAUUGAGGAAAAUACAAGCUGAAUAUGAGGUGAAAGGUAAAGCUGUAUUGGUGAUUCAACGUGCUGUGAGAAGAUUCCUACAGAGUAGGAGGCAGAAGCACCAACAGGCAGCUGCACUGUGUAUACAGAAAGUGUGGAGGGGACACCAAGCCAGGUCCGAGGCCAGGAAACUUCGGCGUGAAAAGAUCUUACAGCAACAGAUGCAUGCCGUUAGAAUUGUACAGAGUGCUGUGAAGCGUUACAUACACAGAAGAAGAUAUUUAGAGAUGAAAACUGCUGUGAUCCAGGUACAGGCCUACUGUAGAGGUUAUCUCGUACGAAGAAAGCGCCAUACUGCUGCAACCAAUAUACAGCGAGUAUACCGAGGCCAUUUAGCUCGGCAGCAGGUCAAGCUGAUGCAACAUGCAGCAAACAAAAUACAGGCUGCCAUCAGAGGUUUUCUAGCAAGAAAAUUGUUGAAGAAGCAAGUUAGUGCUGCCAGAACUAUACAAUGUAGAUACAGGGCAUAUCUGGAAAUGAGAAAACAGCAGGGUGUUUAUCAUAGUACAAGAAAGGCCUGCACAGUUGUACAGAAAUGUUGGAGAAGGCAAUUGGCUUUGAAACGUGAGAAGCAAGAAAAGGCUGCAGUUAAAAUACAGGCAUGCUUCAGAUGUUAUUCAGAUAGAAAGCGCUACCAGAAGCUGAAAGACAAUGCUGUGUGUAUACAAGCUGCAUUUAGGGGCUGCAUUCAAAGACGGGAAUUCGAAAGACGUAAAAGAGCUGUGUUACUGCUUCAGAGAAGGUUUAGAGACUGUCUGGUAACUAGGCAACAGAGACAAACAUUUUUGAAGACUAAAGAAGUAGUCCUUUGGAUGCAGUCAAAAAGAAGAAUGAUAGUUCAAAGACAGAAAUACCUGGUAUUGUCAGACAGUGCUACUAGACUACAAGCAUAUGCUAGAAUGUUAAUCCAGAGACGUAAUUUCCAGAAAUUGAAAUCUUCAGCAGUUACUCUUCAGAGGUAUUACAGAGCCCUAUCACUUGGAAGGGCAUUUAGAAAGAACUUUCUGGUGUCAAAAGGAGCAGCUAUCACUAUUCAAGCAGCGUUUAGAGGCUACAGGGUUAGGCGGGAAGUUAGAAAAUGUACGUCUGCUGCAGUUGUUAUACAGAGUAACGUAAGGUGUUAUAUUGCUAGAUGCAGAUUUCUUGCACUGAAAACAGCAGCCAUUGUUUGUCAGCAGAGGUACAGAGCAAAGAUCUCUUGUCGGAAUGAAAGUGACAAUUAUACAAAAUUGAAAAAUGCUGCUUUAGUUGUACAGAAAAUGUUCCGUGGUUUGAAAUCUAGGAGGGUAUAUGUAAGGGACAGGAAUGAUGUAGUAAAAGUACAGUCUGUGGUCAGAAUGUACCUCCGUAGAAAACAGUUCAUGAAAAUGAAGAAGGCAGUCAGUACUUUGCAAGUUCGUUACAGAGCUAAUCAACUUGGUAGGUCAUGUAGACAUCAAUUUCUUGUCACUGUAGGUGCCACAAUUACCCUACAAGCAGGAGUCAGGGGUUUUAUUUGUCGGAAACAGUACAAGGAAAUGAGGCAACAGGUCAUUCAAACACAGGCUGCAGUGAGAGGUCACCUUCAGUACAGAAGAUACCAAAAUCUAAAACAGUCCACUAUUUUGAUACAGAAAAGAUUUAGAGAAACCUUGAUUGCUAGGCGACAAAGGUCAGAUUUCGUUCAAAUGAAAAAAGCUGCAGUAGUGCUUCAGAGUGCAUGGAGAAUGAGAAAAGAGAAAAGUAUUUAUUUGAAAAGAAGGUUUCUGUUUCACAAAAAUGUGCGGAGUGCGAUUAAGAUACAAGCUGUUGUUAGGGGAUAUCUCCAGCGGCAGCAGUACCAGAAGACCCAGAGCGCUUUGAUUACAAUACAAAGGAGAAUGAGGGAAACCCUGUUGUCAAGGCAACAAAGACGUGAUUUCCUGAGGCGAAACUGCUUACUAUCCAGAAAUAUUAUGUCCCGAACUGUAGGAGAAAGAUGCAGAAGACAGUUUCUACUCACUGUGGGAGCAGUCAUUUCAAUUCAGGCAUGGUUUAGAGGUCAUCAAGUACGGAAGCAACUGAAAUUGGAAACAAAGUCAGCCAUUGUGAUACAGUCAGUUUUCAGAGGUUACUGCCAGCAGAGACAGUAUAUGCAACUGAAACGUGCAGCAGUGGUAUGUCAGAGACGUUACAAGGCUAUUUCUUGGGGGCUUGCCAUUACAAUGCAAGCAUAUGCUAGGAUGUACAUUAUACGCAAGUUAUUUCUGCAGACAAUGGCCGCCAGGAAGAAUUCAGCAGCUGUAAGGAUUCAGGCUUGUGUAAGACGAUACCUUGCAGUACAAAAAUUUGACAGACUAAAGUCUGCAGUGGUUACAUGCCAGAGAAAGUAUAGGGCCAAAUGUUGUGGGCAACAAGACAGGCAAUAUUAUGUUGAACGAAAAAAUCUGCUGUUAAAAUACAACCCAUUUCCUUUCCCUGCAAUGCAAAGGGUUUACAAAAGGGUUUUUAAGCAAUCUGCUUCACCUACAGUCGUGGCUAGGGUUAAAAAACGCAGCGGUGAUCACAUUCGUCUGGUACGAACAUGGCUAGCCAGACGUGAUAGGGCUGCGAGAGUUAUACAGAGGGUGGCUAGACAAUGGUUAGCCACUGCUGACACCAGGAAGCAACAUGCAGCUGCAGUUAAAAUUCAGGCAUUGUGGAAAGGAUACCACAAGCGUAAAUCUAUCAAGAAUAGAAGACUGACGUUACUACGAAAACGUGUCCAAGAGACCUCAGCCUCGGCCACAGAGGAGAAUAAGUUGGGUAACAGGACAUCAUCGGCACUUGACUUCCUCCUCAGAUAUAAACAGUUGUCACAGGUGCUUGAUGCCCUCCAACAUCUAGAGGUAGCAAGUAGAUUAUCUUGGAUAUGCUGUGAGCGUAUGGUUGAGGCAAUACCGGUACUAUAUAGACUGGUACAGGGAUGUAACCGCAGUCUGCCGCACAUGGAGAUAAUAAAAUACACAAUCAGCAUCCUUACAAAUCUCUCAAAGUAUGAGAAGACACGCCCAGCUGUGUACGAGGCUGAAGGGGGUGUGAACAUUCUAGUGAAUCUUAUGCAGAUAUACAGAGAGAAGGGACAAAUCUUCAGCAGAACAUGUACACUCCUGGGCAUUUUGGCCCUUGAGACACCUUGUAAAAUGAGUAUCCUUGAAGAUGUGAAAUUGGUGGAGCGACUCCGCAGUAUCCAGAUGCUCACUUCACGUAAACACAAGUUAGAGGUGAACCAGCGAGUUACUCGUGCACGUAUGAAUGCUAGUUCCCUGAACGCGACAUUUAUGGUGCGAUCCCCAGUGAAAAGACAAAAAAUCAAACCAGACUGGUCCUUACACAAAGACAAGAUGAACGAAAUUGAAAACCCACUAAAAGCAAUAAACUUUGUUCUAGGAAAUCUUGGAAUACAGGCAAAUAACAGAUGAAAGCUGUAAACUUUGUUCUUGGAAUUCUGGGUAUACAAUAAACUUUGUUCUAUGAAAUCUUGGAAUACAGGCAAGCUGUAAGCUUUGUUCUUAGAAAUCCGGGAAUACAGGCAAAUACCCCAUGAAAGUAAUAAACAUCUUUCUUGGAAAUCUGGGAAUAUAGGCAAAUACUAGUACCCAAUGGAAGUAAUAAACAUGUUUCUGGAAAUACAGGGAAUGUAGGAAAAUACCCCAUGAAAGUAAUAAACAAUAUUCCUGGAAAUCUUGCAAUACAAGCAAAUACCCCAUAAAAGUAAUAAAUGUUGUUCCUUGAAAUCCGGGAAUAUAGACAAAUAACACAUAAAAAUUAUAAACAUUGUCCUUGGAGAUAUUGGAAUAUAGGCAAAACAAGGUGAAAGAGAAAAUGCUUAUUUAAUAAUGUAUAGAUAAUAUCAACUAGAUGUGAAGGGUAGGGUCUAUAGUAAUUAUUAUUGUAUUUUCACAUUUGGAGCUUAGACUUGAAACAGCUUUGGAAUGAAGGCCAUAUUGUAAUGUAGAUAUAUAUUCUGAGAGUUAAAAGUGAAUGAAUGCAAGAUUUAGGGUUUAUUAUUGUGCUAUGGCCAUGUUUUAAAAUGAAAAAUAUUAUGGUAAUGUUUAAGUUUUGUUAUUGUCAGCUAUGCUUAACUGUCAACUGCAGUUCUGGGGCAAGCUUGGUAGAAUUUGUUGGUAGGGAAUUGUACACGUAUUAAAUGAUUUUGAUGGGCAACACUCAAGAUAGGUCGAAAUUCUAUGUGAUGCAGUCAGUAGAGAUAAUUGAUUUUACUGUUUGUUGUAUGUUAGUUUAUGCUGUUUAUGUUCAUGAAAGAAACCAAGUUAGAAAUUCUUCUGAUGGAAUGUUUGAAGAAUUUUCAGAAAAUUCAUCUUUUUGUUUGCUUGAUGAAUGUAACUUUGGUGUAUGCAUUACUUUGUAUUUCCUUGAAUUCAAUUUUCGGAUUAUGUUUUAUUCUGACAGUUUUAACAUGUGUGUUGACUGUUGAUUUUACUUUGUGCCUGUGAGUUUUUGAUAAGUGACUCAGUAUUGUAAUACAUGUUGUUUUGUCUUUCUGUUUCUUGUCUCAUCUCUAUCUUUUCUCUUUCUGUUUUACCUGUAUAAUUAGUUUUAGAAUGACUAGAAUUUUUAGACUGAAUCAUGUUGUACAGAAUUUCAUUGUUCUACGGUAAUUUCUCUUUGAAUGCAAGCAAAGUGAUAUAAAUUAUGUAAUAUUCGUAGUGGCAUUAUUUUGACUGAUCUUUGAGAACAGUUUUUAACUGGUAAGAACAUUAACAAUCCUUAUGUCUUAUUAUAUAAACAAAUACAAGUAAUGUAGACAUAUAAAACUACUUCUUAAAAACAGAAAGUAGUUCUAUAUGGUUCUGGGACAACCUAAAAACACAAAAUAGCCCUGUUCUAGAACAGCUUGUGUUUGAAAAAAAAUGGAAGCACAGUCUAACUCUUGUAUGAUUGUAUCUAACAAGGUCUGCAGUUUGGUGACUCCAGCAGUUAUAGAAGUUUUGAUUGCAUACUUUAUAUUUCUGUUUCAAUGUAAAUGAGAUCUGAAACCAAAAUUUUUAGUGCUGUUUUCAAGUGUUUUGAUACUAUGCAGGGGCCUCCGUGGCCGAGUGGUUAAGGUCGCUGGCUUCAAAUCACUUGCCCCUCAUCGAUGUCGGUUCGAGCCUCACUCGGGGCGUUGAAUGCUUCAUGUGAGGAAGCCAUCCAGCUGGCUUACGGAAGGUCGGUGGUUCUACCCAGGUUCCCGCUCGUGAUGAAAUAAUGCAUGGAGGGGCACCUGGGGUCUUCCUCCACCAUCAAAGCUGGAAAGUCGCCUUAUGACCUAAAAAAUUGUGUCUGUGCGACGUUAAACCCAACCAAAAAAAAAAAAAAAGACACUAUGCAACUUGUACUGUGUUGGUGAGCUGUAAAACACCCAGAUCAACUUGAAAUACAAAAUAAAAAACUGAUGCACAAAAUUUUAAAUCUUCAUAUUUACAAACACUUACUGCUUAUACAGGAUAAAGGACCAUAGAAUUAUAUAUCUGCAUGAUGUAUACAAGUCUCACAUGGCGUUGUAGCCAGAAUGUGCAAAUAUCAAGUGUUAGCCAAAAUAUCUCAAUAUAAUCUUCUGUUAACAAAUAAGAAGUGUAGCUGCAAUAUAUGUUAGUAAUGCUAGCAAGGCUGAUUCUGUAAACAUGGUGUUACACAUUUAUUGAAAAGAGCUUUUACUGCUGUAUGCCAAAACAUGUUAUUUUUAUUUGGAACUUAAUAAAAUUGCUAAA